AUGCUCUCUCGUGUCUCUGUAGUGAGUAAUGUUCUACAACAAUACAGGAAGAUUCCGACUUUGGGUCCAAGGGAGCUUACGCCAGCCAUGGUUCGCUCCAUUGAAGAGGCUGACAAGCCAGUGAAAAGGGGCAAGAAAACUGAAACCCAGAAGGAGGCACAGGUUUCCAAAUCAACCAAGGGGAAAACCCCUCAGAAGCGAAAACCUGACAAGGCUGCUCCGUCACAGCCUCAACCGAAGAAGCAAAAGAAGCCUUCUAGGAAGCUUAUACUCCAAUCUUCCAGUAAUUCAGAUUCAGAGUAUGUUCCUCCCAAACAUAAGUCUGCUCCUCCUUCAGAAUCUGAGAGCGAAAGCUCUAAUGAUGAGGCUUCGGGCCGAGGAGAUACUCUGCCUCACUCCCCUACCCCAGAAGUUUCAGUUCGCUCUCCACCUCCUUCUCCUACCCCUGUUACCAUUCCAGUAUCCAUCCCUCCUAUAUUUCCCAUCCCAACCACUCAACCAUCCACUAUAUUUCCAAUCCCUACUCCUAUAAUCACAGACACUACUACCACAGGGGCUCAUUCUCAAGCUCCCAAUCCACCCAUUACAACCAAACCACCGAGUGACGAUGAUGAUGAUGAGCCUAUUACAAAGCGUCAUCUCAAGGCAGUAAACGAAAAACUCGAUCAACUGCUCUCAUCCUCUUCCUCUGAAGCUGCUUUAAAGGCCUUGUUCUCUUCUGUUGUUCAAGAACACAGCGCCUCACUCUCUGCAGCAGCUAAAGCUAUUAAAGUCUCCACUUCUCAAUGGCAGCAAGCCUCCCUUGCAGUUGAGGCUUCCACCAAGGCGGCUGCUAAGAAGAAUGCUCAAAUUGACAACGCUUUGGUGGACACCCUUCAACGUUCGCUUCAAUCUGAAAGGUCCAACCUUGAAGCUGCACGCCAAGCAAUCGAAGCUGCCAACAAAUCUCUACAUGCUAAUGUUAAUGAUUGUCUGACUCAACUUGAGGCAUAA